AUGAGCGACUAUAUUCAUAAACUGGGUGUUUCUCAAGAUUGGGCUUACACCGACGUUUUUGGUCUUGAUAGUGAAAUUCUGUCAAUGAUCCCUCAACCUGUCAAAGCAGUCAUUCUUCUUUUUCCCAUCACUGACAACUACGAAAGGGAUAGUAAAGAAGAAGUAAACAAAAUUCAAGAAAUUGGACAGGAAGUUUCCCCAAAUGUAAUGUUUUUUAAACAAACCAUCUCUAACGCGUGCGGAACCAUUGGAUUAUUACAUUCACUUGGCAGUAAUACGGACGCAAUUCCAAUUGAUGAGGGUCCACUAAAACGUUUGUUGGAUAUAUCAAAGAAUUUAACAUCCGAUGAACGUGCUAAAGUUCUUGAGGAAGACCAAGAGUUGGCAGAAGCCCACAAGUCAUCUGCAUCGUCAGGACAAACAAGUGCAAGUUUAAAUUACCGAACGCCAAGUGAAGAUGAAGUUGUGAAUUUGCAUUUCGCUACUUUUAUUGAAAAGGAUGGAUCUAUCUAUGAAUUGGAUGGAAGAAAACCAUUUCCUAUCAAUCAUGGCCCAUGUAAAAAUCUAUUGGAGGAUUCGGCUAGACUUAUCAAAAAAUUUAUGGAAAGAGACCCCGAAAAUUAUCAAUUCACAGUAAUCGCGCUCACGCCUAAACAAGGUUGA